AUGGUGAAUACCGAAGCUUCCAACGGGCUUCCUGCACCAGCGUAUGUGUCUGAUGAGGAUGAAGAAUUGGAUGAUAUGGAAUAUUUCUAUCCGUCUUCGACGAAACUCUCCGUCCCUGAUGAUGAUGACGACGAUGACGACGACGGAGAGAAACCUCAGCCACCAAAGACGACUAACAUGGAGAAAAAGAAGAAGAAGAAGACGACUAAACCUAAGAAGAAGAAAUCUAAAAGUUCUUCAGGUAUCGUUAUUGACAAAUCGACAGACAACGUAACCGGAUUUCUGGAUCUGCCCUCGCCUGUUAAGAAAUCAGAUCGCCGUUUAUCCUUUCCUUUGCAGAAAGCGGAUAUGGAGGAUGAGGAUGAUGCUGUCGAUAGUGCAUCUGCUGAACUGAGGAACAAACAUAGCGCCUUGCACAAAGACGACGAUGAUGAUGUGGAUGUGGAUGAAUUAUUUCAGGUCUCCACACCAAGUGGCUCAUUACGAAAGAGUAGCAGCAUGGACAGCCCUGUUGGAAGUAAUAUGUCUGCCAGCCAACGGCGCAGGGCGAAAAUUCCAAAUGCGCCUUCGGAAUCAAAGAAUGGAAAAAUCUAUCUCACCUCACCUGCAAUCGCAGCAGCUUCUAGAAAAUCGUCGAAUGUUCCGACACCGGAUGCACUCGGUUAUGAGGACCCCGACGCGGCGUUUCAGAAUGAUAAGUCACCGAUACGUCAACAUUCCACCAAUAUGAAUAACCAUCCACCAAGUCGUCAACGGUCUUCGGAUGGGUCAAGAAUCAGGAAACAACCAAUGCGCCGUGGAUCCACCACCAUGGACGAAGACCAACCGGCAGUAACUAGACCACCACCCGUGCGUCGAGGAUCGACCAUGGACGCCGUCCAACCACCACCUCCGCGUUCGAAGUCCACCGUGGAUGCUACCUUUACCUGGCAGCCACGAGCGCCACAACAAUCAAGUCGGCGACGCUCCAGUAUGUCUUCCAUGAAACCAAGUGGCGGCGGUGAUGCCAAUGCACUGUUUUAUGUAGACCCGUUUGCCAAGACCAGCAAAAAGACGCAGUUGGAGCAGGGAAAAAAGAUUGAACAGGAACGUGUCACUCGUCGUAACUCCCUUCCAAAGGCGGCCAUGAUUUUGGAUCAACAACCGAACGAAGUAGCAACGCCAACAGCGACACCCAAGAUGAGACAUUCCAAGUCUGCCGAUUUUGAUAAACCAUUCUUUGGCGGCGACGACGAUGAUCCGUACGACGAGGAGGGGAAUCUCAUUCGACGCAAGGCACCUCGCCGUAGAAGUGUGACCAAUACACCCCAACGAUUCAAUGCGGUCGAUUCGUCGGCCGUGACUCCCGAAUUCAAUUGGGAUCGAACGAUCCGGCUGGAGAACAAUAUGAAGGAAGCCAUGCAAAUUGACCCAUUCGAGGAUACGGAAGAAGAUCUGAACACCUCGGACAGGCUGAAAGGGUUUCCCAGUGAAGCCAAGGUGAUGUCUAAGAAGGGUAAAAAGAAGAAAAAGGGGAACUUGAAGGAUCAUCUCCGUAAAAGUAGUGGAAGCAAGGGGUCCAAAGAUGGAAAAGAGGUGGCCUCCAUGGGAAGUAAGAGUUCCGCCAACACCAAAAGCACCGCGGGAAGUUCGGAUCCAGCAGGCGACUCCCUACUCUCGGGUAUUCAUACUAGCGAUUUCAAGAAAAACAAGCCGCGGAUGGAAGCGCUAAAGGGAGGCGGCGAGGGCGCCGAAGAGAAACGGGUGGGACGCAGUGUGUUGACGUUGGGCAGUCCGAACGACCCCCGCCGUCGAUCCAAGAACCGAGGCAAGAGUACCGAAACACCCGAAACGCCAAAGCAGAAGAAAUCUUUAUUGGACCGACAUAAGUCAACAUCCCCAAGACGGGGCAAGAAACCGAAAAGUGGGCGGUUGCUCUCUGGAUCUCGGGGACUAUCCAUUAGCAACCACUCUACGGACCUCUCAUCGGAUGAUGAUGACGAACUCUUGUUGCAAAACAGCCCAAAACGGGCUUCCGAAGGUUCAACUAAGCCCAGGAGGACAAAAGAAAAGUCGAAUCGAAAAUUCGAGCCACCAAAUCGAACGAGAUCUGAUGCUGGACCAAGAGCCAUUCGGAUAUCCAUGACUGGGGAUGUGGACCUACUUGGCGAUCCUGCAUCGAAAGAGUCGUCGAUGCGACUACUUCGAAGCACGUCAAUUGACGAGGAUGGAGAAUCCUUGGACGGGGAACCGAACUCUUCUGUCCUUACAGCGCCAAGAAAUGCGGAUCAAGAGGAGUCCCAAAAGCGCAACUCUGGAGGUGCCAGAAGACGACGAUUGUCAAUUGGCAACACCAACAAAACUCAGGCCCGAACUUCAAAAUCGCCAAGUCCUCGGAAACCGACAGUAGCUCAUCGCUUGAUGGGUAGACGCAAUAGUCUAUUCUAG